AUGGCAUUGCAAAAGGUUCCGGAAAAUCUCAACUAUCUCACACCACCGCUGCACUGGCACUGGUAUCAAGACGAAUAUUUCCACAUCAGAGAAGGCCGCUACAUCUUCACCCUCGAAGGCCAAGACAAAUUAAUCACAGCCUCAGACCCUCAACCCGUGCACAUUCCCGCACGAGCAAGACAUACAUUCAAAGUCGACGAUACCUACGAAGGGCCCUGCACCAUUGAAAUAUCCACCUCCACCUCGCCGAGAAGUGCGAUUGGUGACCCCGAGGCUGAAGGCGCAACUUCCAAGUUCUUUCGUAAUAUAUAUUCGUACCUGGACGAUUGCUACGUGCAGGACGUGCAGCCGAGUCUGCCGCAGUUGCUGAUGAUGCUGGAUUCUGCCGAGGCUAGUAUGGCUUUUCCAGGGCCGGGUUUCGUUGCUCGGCCGUUGAGUUAUGCGUUUGGGGUUGUGUUUGGGASGUGGUUGGGUGCAAUUUUGGGAUAUAAGACGAGUUAUCCGGAGUAUUGGAAUGGUGAUGAGAGGAAGACGAAGUGA